AGGAGAGAGAGAGAGAGAAGGAGGGAGAGAGAAGGAGAGAGAGAGAGAGAGAGAGAGAGAGAGAGAGACACUAAUCAACAGGACUCUCCGGCACCUGGACCAUCAAUCGGGUUUAUGAGUCGGUGAUCGAUCAGGUUGCCGUUAACCUUCGGAUAGAAGCGUGGACUUAUAAUUCAACGUCAACGGCUCUUUUUGCGCGUGUGUGACUUAUUAUUGGUGACAACAUGGCUGAAUGUAACAUUAGCAUCGACCAGAAGAAGCUGCCUGGAGUCAAAGAGGUGUGCCGAGACUUUGCUGUGCUGGAGGACCACUGCCUCGCCUAUAACCUCCAGGAACAAGAAAUUGAGAGCCACUUGGCGUCUAACGUCCAUAAGAGCCGUCUGGUGCAGAAGGACCUGCAGGUGGCCAAGAAGCUGCAGGAGGAGGAGGAUAAGAGGGCCAAGAGCCAGAACCAGAAACAGCAUGGUGACAUUGAGCGCCAAGAUAAUGAGAUCGCCCAGGAGAUUCAGGAAGAACUGGUCCGACAGGCCGAACUACAACGACAGCAGGAAGAAAAAGAUGCGGCCAUAGCUCGUAAGCUGCAGGAGAAGGAGAUGAAAGAGGAAAAGAGGAGACAGAAACAGAAGGAAGCCAACUUUGAGGAGGAUUACUUUGAGGAUCACGGAGCUGCAAGAAGGCCUCUUGAUCUGGACAAACACACCCGCCACAGAUCAACGUCUCCAGGCCAAUAUGAUGCAUACGCUCCAGUGAGCUCACAUCGUGAUCACUCCCCUGAUUACAGCUCGACAGAGCCAAAAAGGAGCAGGUACCCAAGACAGGACCCAGCGGCACCCCACAGCCGCUCUAGAUACCCUGAGCACGCCUCGGUGGCAGAGGGAGGGCGAAGCAGGCAUGCAGAUCCGUACCCAGAGCACCUACUGCCCUCUAGAGGCAAGCAUGGAGAAAAAUACCAGGAGAAUGAACCCACAGAGACUGGCAGAGCUAGGGGCUCGGCGGGGGAGGACCCAGAGAGAGUGUUGAAGAGACAGGAUAGACCAACCAGACCACCUCCACCACAUAUCCACAUAGAGAAAGACAAGGCCUUGGACAGAGGAAGGGACAGGCGACGUGACCGAGACAGGGGAAGAGAUCUCGAUUGGGAGAAGCAUAUGGGAAAAGACCACAGGAGAGGCAGGGAGCAGGACCUCCGGGGGACGAGAGCAGGAGGAAGAGACGGGGAAAGAUCCAGAGAUAGAGGACAGAGUGGGGACAGACACAGAGAGAGAGACACACAAAGACAGAAAGACAGAGCACGAGCAAGAACCAGGAGCAGGGAGAGAGGACUGGAUCAGGAUCCUUUGGAGCAGGGUCAAAGAAGGGACUGGUCGAGGGAGGGCAGGGCUUCCUGGUUGGAGGAAGAGGAUGAUGGUGAGAGGGAGAGGAGAGCCAAGGGUCGGCAGCGUGUCCAGUCUGGCCCCGAAGAGGUGUUUGACGAGCCCAGGAGUGACGAAGGCAGAGGGGACACCAGGGAAUUCUGGGACCCUCGGCAUGGGGAGGGUCCCAGUGGUGAACGCAUUCAUUCUCAUCCCAGCGGAGAGACAGGUCGUAUUGUGCACCGUGGGAGUGGAGCCGUCAUAGCGGAGACAGAGUAUGAGCUGAGCGAGGCCACCAAGGGGCUGACGAAGCUGGAUCUCCGUGAGCAGGAGCUGAAGGACAUGGAGGUGGCCAGGAAACUGCAAGAGGAUGAAAUCAAUGUGGGGAGGGAAACAAGACAGGCGAGCAAGAUGCAAACACGUGCAGCCCAAGUGGCCCAGGAUGAGGAAAUAGCCCGACUGCUGAUGGAACAAGAGAAAAAGGAGUACAAGAAGAACCGAGAGCGGGAGAAAGAGAAGGAACGAGAGAGGGAGAGGAUGGCGAUGGAGAGGAGGCGACCAGAGGGAGACUCCAGGCCAAAUUCGGAGGAAGUCGUCCGGCCUAGAACUCGAGAAGAAUACGAGUACCAGAGGCAGAGGAACCACAACAAGCCUGCCAGGCCUCCUCAGCCUCGUGCACAUGACUAUGAGAAUGUGAACCCUGGUUAUGGCUACCCGGACCACCCUGCCCCCCCGCGCGCUCCCACCAGACCUGAGGCUGCUUACAAAGGUGCCUAUUACAAGCGGUGACUCAGGCUCUCUACCACGUCCAGACGUGCUGUCGGUCGUUCUUCGUCCUUUUCUUUUUAUAUAUAAUUUAUCUUUUUGUUUUACUACCAUUCACUCUCUGUUGACCAAAAGCUUUGGGACAAUCUAAUGAGUUUGCAAUGGUAUUUUUUUUAUAUACUACCCUCCAAAGUUUGCCCUGAGUUAAGGAAGUGGGUCUGUGAGAGUGAGUGCUGGAACCACACUCAUCUUUUCCUUUCUUUUUUGAUUUUUUCUUGUAAAUUCUAAUUGAUAUUAUUUCUUUUAACUGACUCAGCACCUAGAGGAGCCAAACGAGCAGCCUUGUGACAUCAACUCCCAUGAUUCUUACCUGUUGAUACAGAGGACCUGGCUCCUCACCUGCUGUGCUCUUCCUGUGCUGAUGUUCGUGCCAUCACAAGGGCUCAAGGCCUCUCCUGGAUUCAACCAUGCAAUCUCAGAUUUCCUCAUGCCUCUUCAUGGGACGUGCCUGUCUGGUCCAACAUGGAUGCUACAGUGUCUUAGAUACCAACACGGCAGCUGCUUUGUAUCACCCGUGCUGUUCUGCAAGGCCACACAGGCCUUAUCCAUGACUCUGGAGGGAUACAUUUCCAUUGCUGUAUUAAAACAAAACAAACAAAAGAUAAGCCUUUUUAUCAAGAUGCUGGUAGUUUUUACAUGUUAACCACCUUGUUCCAGUGCAGAGGAGGUGGAGCUUUGUGAUGACCCAUGGACUUUUUUUAUGGCUGUUGGCUGUGUCUCUCUUUCAGCUCUCCCAUCGUCCUGAAACUGAAGGUGGAGGGAUGAUGUUCUGUGUACGACUCACUGUUCCUAUGUGCAUGCUUACUGAAAGUGUUCAACUGUGUACAUGCAUUUCUGCUCUAUAUCAAACUAUCUGGCUCCCUUUUUUCUUUUUUUUUGUGAGGAAGGGCUAAAGCCACAAAAAGCCAAUAAUCUUCGCCCUAGUGGAUAAACGAAAUAUGUGCCAGCUCAUAUACUUCUGUAAAUGAUAAAAGUUUCUUGCCAACUACUUCAUAUCAGCUUGCCAUUUUUAAAUUUUAGAACUGGCUCAUGAAGAAACCAGAAAUGAAAUGCAUGUACAUUGCUCGUCUGUCAAACCAGAAUUCAUCCUUGUGCUUAUGGCACAGGCAUUGUGCGAUUGAGUAUCUGCUUUUGUUUUAUUUAAAUGUAAAUAUCUGUUUUUUUGUUUUAAUUGUUUUAAUUUAACUUGUGUUACCAAACCCUGCCCCCCACCACUGUGGAACAUACAAGAUUCUGGCUUCAGUUCUAAUAUCUUGUGUUUCUCUUGGUGUCUUUGUUCAGAAAGGGAGCCUUAUAUUUUAUUUUUAUACUGCAUUUUCUUGCUCUUUCCUCAGAUUGUUCCCUUAGUUGUCAAUUCCUCCCAAACCUUCCCACCGUCACUUCCACUCCUUUUAUCUUUGUAUCAGAAAUCUCUUCCUGUCGGCAGAAAAGGUAAACAGUCCCACAAUGGAACUUCAUCUGGUGCAUCUGAAUUAAUUCAAAGCUUUAGCUGGAAAAUUGACAUCAAAUAUAUAUUACUCAUUAAAGGGACCUAUUUUAUUUUAAUUUGUGUUUUUGUAACGUUUCAGAAUCCAUUAUUUUCUGUUCAUAUUGAAUAAGUAUGUGAUAGAAAAACAAGUAGCACAUUUGAACUAUUGAGUUUGACUGAAAUGUUUUUGUGUUUGUCCUACAAACUGAUUCAGUCUUUGAACAUUCAGGUGGACUCUGCUGGCCUCAGUGCUGCUUCCAUGUUCUCAUGAUAAAUGUUGCUGAGAUGUAUCGAUCAGCUUCUAAAAUGAAUCCCUCCCUGUUUAGAGAAAAUGUGUCAUUUUCUUUGUCGUGUUUGUAUCGCUGAACGUGCAGGAGUACGUGCAGGUGUCGUUGAAUCGCCGAUGUUUUAAUUGCUGUUGAAAGACUGGGAUUUGUGCCAUAUGUUUAAAAAUGUUCAGGGACUUGAAAAUUGGGGGGGGGGGGAGUUUAAUGUUGUGCUUGUCGCAGUCACCACGCCCAACACCGACCGUGUGAACUCCCAAUUUACUCAUUGAUGACGGCACCACCCUGUGGACAUGUUGAAAGUUACAAAAUAUAUAUAUCUACAAAAUGGAUCUGAUCAGGAUGCAUCUUGGUAUAUUCAUGGAUGUUCAGCAUGAGACUGUGCUUUUGAGUGCCGUCUACAUCAAACAGGGAGUCAUGUUUUAAAUUCUCUUUAAUCCUGGGCUUGUAUGCAAUUUACCAAUCAUGAAUCAACACGUGUGUUGGCACUUAAUGUAACAUAACUUUGUCUUCUUUUUUUUAGGUAAAGUGAAUACACCUGUUUCUUUUACUUACAGCAUUUCAAAAUGUAAUAAACUGUAUCAGCAUUCCCACUGUU